AUGUCAGCUCCUGCUGAUCAAUGUGGGGAGACUCAGGGAGCAAAACCUGGGGUGCUUACAGGUGGCUCUUGGAGUGAGAGUUCAGGCGCCCGCAGUGGUGCAGGGGUCGGGGAUAAGCUCUCCGGAUCCUUCUCCAGUUCCGGGAGAAACGCGUCCGUGGGUGGUCAGGCCACCUGUGGGUUGCUCCCGGCUUUAAAGCAGCUGUUGUGCCCUGGCCCCCGCAGCCACGUCCACUGUAUCCACACCUGGGCGGACCGCGUCCGAACUCCAGACCUACCUCACACUCUGGCGGCUGCGGACUGGACAGGCAGCCAGAGAGAGGCAAGUAUUCCCCGAACCGCUUCCUCCAUCCUCCUCUUCCUCCCUGCGCCCUCGCUCUGCAGCUUGAGCGCAGGGCAGGAGAGAGUUUUCUUCCAGAAAGAAGUGGACAGCAAGCAGUUGGUUUUCCUGUCCGGCCAGGCGACAAAUGCCAGGAUUCCAGGUUCAGCAGACCUGUUGCACCCAGAAAAGCGCCCCAACCCGGUCUGCACGCCAGGAGCCCCGCGACUCUGCUUGCCGACACCCCGAGCGCCCAGCGCGGAUGGGCAGAUGUGGGAAGCUCCCAGAAGCAACUGAGU